UUUCUUAGAUUAGCUUAAGCUUAUUGCUUACGACUCUCUGACGGCAUUGGUUACGAUUAAACAAAUUGAAAAAUCCAUUCACAUAGGAGAACUUCAAGUCCGUGAACAUCAGCAGUUUUGGAUUAUGCUGCAGAAUCAUUUUGUUAAUCUGUCACAAAAAAGAAACGAUCAGCUAAAUGAAAUUCAAGUCACUCGAAAACAACUAUCCAUUAUUAGGCAAAAGUCAUUAAAAAGUGACCAAGAGCUGGAAAUAUCAUAUAGAAAAGCAAAGGAAUUACAAAUAUUUAUUAAAAAAUUUACAUCGAAAUUGGAACUACUUAACGAUAAAAUAUAUAAAAAGAGGAUUCACCAUGAUGUAGAGGAGAGUGAGUUCGACCACGAACAGGCUGAGCAAACUCAAAAACUAAAGAUUGGAGAACUUGAAAUACUAAAAUUGGAAGGAAAAAUUAUUGAGCUACAAAACGAAAUUGAACUUUACAAAGAUUUUGUAAUAGAUAACCAUAGAGAAGCAUUAUCAUGGGAAACAAAAUACAAAAUGCUUGAAGAAACUAUUAAAUGGACGAAAGUAGAGCGCUCUGUAAAAGGGGAAAUCGGUCUGAUGAAAACUGAAAUACACCGCAUGAAUAUAAGAUAUAGUCAACUUAAGCGAGCCCAGGAAAGUCUUGUUUUAGAUCUAGAGCAUUGCGUUAUGCAUCGUGAACAAAUAUUUGUCAAUGCAUCAGUCAAGGAACACUUACAAGCCAAAUUUAAGCAAUUAAAAAAUGCUUCUCAAAUUCAAGUUAGGCUUGAUGAAGUUCACAAUAGGACUAAGCUGAUAAGUAAUGAAAUAUCUUUUUUAUCGGAAAAACAAUUAAUUGAUGAUAUCAAUAAAAUUGAACGUAUGAUUUAUAUGCUCCGUAGAAUUCAAACAGAUCUUAACGAUAUCAUUAAGGAGGAUGCCCACAUUCAAGAUCGAAUAGAAGAUGGAAUAUUAGCUAAACAUGCUAACUUGGAGCAAAUAAUACGAAAACAGAUGAGAGCAAAAGCUUAUAAAAGGCUUAAUACAUUAAAAUCACAGCAAGUAAUACUUCGUUCUGAGUUGACAGUUCAACAGCUAUCUCAAAAGCAAAGCGAGCUAAAUUAUGAUCUUACAGAAAUUGCAAAGGCUCUUUUACUAGACUAUCCUAAUAAGAAAUCAUUUGUUUUUAAAGUUCUUCAUGUUCUUAAUGACUAGAAGUAUAAUUGAAAUAUUAAAUGUAUCAAU